UUCAAGUAUGCCCUCCUAUACUCAGUAGUUUGCUGGACAUGCACCACUUCCUCUUCAAGCCUUCAUCAUGCCAGGAUACACUUUGAUGCCAGCUCUGUCAAGGAGCCUAAUUGCCUCUGCUUGUCUGGCCCGUAAUGCUCGUCUUCGAGCUCGCAUAACACUCGCAAGCCGUCGAUCACUCGCGUCUUUACCCAACUUGCCGCUCUUUCGCGCCCUACAAGAUCACGAUCAAUCCAGCUUGGCUGUGGUACAUAGCGCAUCCUCUCGGUCCUUCACAUACGGUAAUUUGGUUACAGAUGUUCUACAAGCAAAAGAAAAGCUCGUACAGUCCGGAGGCGGGCGUCAAAAUGGUUUGUCUGGAGAAAGAAUCGCUUUCCUGGCUGAGAACAGCUAUGACUACGUAGUGACACUUCUCUCAAUUCUUGCCAGCGAUGCGAUUGCCCUCCCCCUCUCUCCUGCGUUCCCGGUCGGCGAGCUCAAGUACAUCAUGGACAAUUCCCAGGCUAAGGUCCUGCUGGCGACGGAAAAGUAUGCGGGCAAAGCUCAGGACGUUCUGAGAUCUGGUCUAGACCGGGAGCCAAUUCUCGAUGUGAAGAAGAAGAUUGAAGUGGGAGCCACGAGUGUAGGCUCUGUAAAUAUGGAGGAUCUCCAAGGACAGCAGCCCCGCGGUGGAAUGAUGCUGUACACUUCCGGGACGACGAACAGACCGAAAGGCGUUUUAAUCCCCCAAUCCGCGUUGACGGCGCAAGCCGCAUCACUCCUCAAGGCGUGGGAGUAUACCCCGCAGGAUCGGCUCCUCCACCUGCUUCCUCUCCACCACAUCCACGGCACCGUCAAUGCCAUCGUCACCCCCGUUCUCGCCGGCUCGUCCAUUGAGUUCAUGUUUCCUUUUAAUACAGACGCUGUGUGGAAGAGACUCGCCGCUCCAUUUCUGCCGGAGCCCACGAACACGAAUAAGAUCACCUUCCUCACAGCAGUCCCCACAAUCUACAACCGACUCUUGACCUCGUUUCCGAGUCUGAGUCCUGAGAUUCAAGAAGCGGCGCGGAAGGGCAUCUCCCCUGAGAACAUGCGUCUGAAUAUAUCCGGCUCCGCGGCCUUGCCGACGCCCACUAAAAAGUCGUGGCAAGACCUUAGCAACGGUAACGUGCUUCUUGAGCGCUACGGCAUGACAGAGGUCGGAAUGGCGAUCAGCUGCGGCCUCGACUUUGCCGACCGCGUGGAUGGCAGUGUCGGUUGGCCGCUGCCGUCGGUGGAGGCGCGGCUGAUGGACACGGACAGCAACGAAGUGAUUCAGGCAGGAGAGGAGCUUGACGCCAACGGCCGAGAGCGUGAGGGAGAGAUCCAGCUCCGUGGGCCGACCAUAUUCCGAGAGUAUUGGGCCAAUGAAGCCGCGACGCGCGAGUCGUUUGUGCCCGGCGAGGACGGGAAGGGCGAAUGGUUCAAGACGGGUGAUGUGGCUACGCGCCGGAUGGUGGAGGGUGCCGGCACGGGAUCCAGCGGCGACUGGGCUCGAGGCCCGAUGUACUUCAUUCAGGGCAGGCGCAGUGUGGACAUCAUCAAGACUGGAGGCGAGAAGGUGAGCGCUCUGGAAGUGGAGCGCGAGUUACUUUCACUCCCUCAAGUCCUAGAAGCAGCAGUUGUAGGCCUCCCCUCUGAACAAUGGGGUCAAAAAGUCGUGGCCGUGGUGGUCCUCAAUCCAGAGCUCGCGAAAACAGGAGGACGCAAUGGCAAGCCCUGGGGCGCCAUGGACAUGCGCCGUGCCCUGAAGGACCGUCUGGCAAAUUACAAGAUGCCGCAGGAGAUGAAGGUUUUGGAUGGACCGAUCCCGAGAAAUGCCAUGGGCAAGAUCAAUAAAAAGGCACUCGUCAAGGAGGUCUUUGGUGCUUAGUUUGGUUUCUACUCAGGCGUGUUCGGUCUAUUUUCUUUGCCAAUCUCAAUAACGAUAACCACAAACCAACCGCCUCUAGAUCCCUGGCUCUGUUAGAAGAGUGUGUAGCGUCCAUCUUUGUCUCUAAAUGAAUAUCAAGUCACCUUCUCGCAG